AUGGCGCACGACGCAUGGCGCAUGGUGCAUGGCGCAUGGUGCAUGGUGCAUGGUGCAUGGCGCAUGGCGCAUGGUGCACGCCGCAUGGUGCAUGGCGCAUGGCGCAUGGUGCACGCCGCAUGGUGCAUGGCGCAUGGCGCAUGGUGCACGCCGCAUGGUGCAUGGCGCAUGGCGCAUGGUGCAUGGCGCAUGGUGCAUGGCGCAUGGUGCAUGGCGCAUGGCGCAUGGUGCAUGGCGCAUGGUGCGUGGCGCAUGGCAUGGCAGGAGCUGCUGGAUGCGGAGUGGAAGGGGAGUGCCCUCAACAAUGCCCCUCCCAUCCCCUUACCCCUCCCAUCCCCUUACCCCUCCCAUCCCCUUAUCCCUCCGAUCCCCUUACCCCUCCCAUCCCCUUACCCCUCCCAUUUCCUUAUCCCUCCCGUCCCCUUACCCCUCUCGUCCCUUUACCCCUCCCGUCCCUUUACCCCUCUCGUCCCUUUACCCCUCCCGUCCCUUUACCCCUCUCGUCCCUUUACCCCUCCCGUCCCUUUACCCCUCUCGUCCCUUUACCCCUCCCGUCCCUUUACCCCUCCCGUCCCUUUACCCCUCCCGUCCCUUUACCCCUCCCGUCCCUUUACCCCUCCCGUUCCUUUACCCCUCCCGUCCCUUUACCCCUCCCGUUCCUUUACCCCUCCCACGCACGCGCCAUGGCAGGUGGUGAUGGUGGGCGGGGUGCACCGGGUGGGCAUCUACGCGCUGCGCGACCUCAGGGCGGGCGACGAGGUGCUCUACGACUACUGCCUCAACGGCGGCAGCAGCAGCAGCAGCAGCAGGGGGCGGCGGCUGCCAGAGUUCAGAAUCAAGGAGCCACCAAAGGAGGAGAGGGAGUGUCGUGAAACAAGGAGAGGACGACGUGGAAGGAGAGGAGGGCGGGGAAGGAGAGGAAGGGACGGAGGCAGGAGUGGGGCUGGAGGGGAAGGCGGCAGUGCUGCAAGGGAGGGUGGACGUGAUGCGAGGGAGGGUGGCAUUGCUGAGAGGGAGGGUGGCAGUGCUGCGAGGGAAGAAGGCGUGGAGGAGGAGGCAAUCAGGCAUCUCAACAGACUGUGGGCUGGCGAGGACAAGAGCAAUGUGGAUGAGGAAGAGGAAAGACUGAUGGGCGACUUCACGGACGUGGCAGGGGGGGACGUACGCCUCAUGCUCGCCUGGAACCGACUCAUCCGCUCCCUCCGCAUGAAGCUUCCCGACAAGAACCACUCAACGAUGGUGAAGGCCUUCGUGUUCUCCGAGUGCCACUCACUCACUGCCAGCUCGCUCUUCCUCUUCCUCGCCAAGCUCUGGCACGCCCGCCUCAUCAACUCGGGAGACAUGCUGCGCUGCCUGCACCUUCUGGCCUCCUCUGCCCGAUG